CCAAAAAUCCUAGUGAAAUGAAAUGCCUUUCCCCCCUCCCUCUCCCUCCUUCUCCUUCCUCUUUCUCUCUUGACAAAUUUCAAUGGCCUUUCAAUCCGAUCACCAAACCCCACAGUCCAUAAACUCACAAACCCUAUACUACAAAUCCCUCACUUCACUUUCCCUCCAAAUCCCUCCAACCCCAUCAUCCUUCCUCCCUCUCCCUCCUUCUCUCCCUCCUUCAAAACUCAUCCCCAAAACCCGUUUCCUCAUCGACGGAUUCCGCUUUUCCUCCCCUUCCAUUACUGCUUACUUCCUCUCCCACUUCCAUUCUGACCAUUACACUGGUCUUUCCUCUCAUUGGUCUCAAGGUAUCAUUUUUUGUUCCCCAAUCACUACAUCUCUUGUUACUAGUAUCCUUAAUGUCCCUGAAUGUUUUGUCUUUUCGCUUCCUCUGAAUCGUGCUGUUGAUAUUGAUGGUGUUGAAGUUAGUUUAGUUGAUGCUAAUCACUGUCCUGGCGCUGUUCAGUUCUUGUUGAAAGUGCCCAUUUGUAAGAAUUUAGAGAAUUUUGAGUUGUAUGUUCAUACUGGUGAUUUUAGGUACUCUUGUGAGAUGAAAGAUGAUGUUUUUUUGAGAGGUUUUGUGGGAUGUAAUACGGUUUUUUUGGAUACUACUUAUUGUAAUCCGAAAUUUGUGUUUCCUUUACAAGAGGAGUCGGUUGAUUAUGUUGUUAGUGCGAUUGAGAAGAUAGGAGGAGAGGGGUUCAGUGGGGGUUUGGAGAAGAGGGUUCUGUUUCUCGUGGCUACUUAUGUGGUGGGGAAAGAAAAGAUUUUGAUUGAGAUUGCACGGAGGUGUAAUAGGAAGGUCUAUGUGGAUGCGAGGAAAAUGGAGGUUUUGAAGGUUUUGGGGUGCGGGGAGAGUGGGGUGUUUACAGAGGAUGAGAAUGAGAGUGAUGUGCAUGUUGUUGGCUGGAAUGUCUUGGGGGAAACUUGGCCUUAUUUUCGGCCGAAUUUUGUGAAAAUGAAGGAAAUUAUGGUGGAAAGAGGUUACAAUAAGGUUGUGGGGUUUGUGCCAACUGGGUGGACUUACGAAGUGAAACGUAAUAAGUUUGCAGUGAGAUCAAAGGAUUCAUGUGAGAUUCAUCUUGUGCCAUAUAGUGAGCAUUCAAAUUACAAUGAACUCAGGGAGUAUGUGAAGUUUUUGAGACCUAAACGUGUCAUUCCUACUGUUGGUUUGGAUGUUGAAAAACUCGAUAGUAAACAUGCUGCUAAAAUGCAGAAGCAUUUUGCUGGGUUAGUUGACGAGAUGGCUAAUAAGAAGGAAUUUUUAAUGGGUUUUCUUCGUGGGUCGUCUGAGAAUGAUGAGAAGGUUGAAAUGGAUGCUGUCUCAGGCUUGAACGAGGGGCUGGCACAGGAGAAAGAGUUAGUGGAGUCAGUUGAAAUGAAAGCCCAUGAGAAUAAUGACACUGUUGCUUGUCUCAACUCCUCAUCUACACUGCAAGAAUCUCCUACACACAAUUUAAGCAUGCUAAAUGAUGAGGAAAGAGAUAAACUCGUUCAUGAAUUGAGUGAUUGUUUGCCCACAUGGGUUACCCGAGACCAAAUGUUAGAUUUAAUCAGCACUCAUGGGAGGAAUAUUGUUGAAGCAGUUUCUAGCUUUUAUGAACGUGAAAUGGAAUUCCAUGAUCAAGUAAUUUCUCGUAGAGUAACUGUUUCUUCAUCUGAGACAGUUCCAUUAUAUGACUCUGAAUCACCUUCAAAACCAGCUUCUAUUAAUACUGAUAGUCGAAGUAUGGGUUUUCUGUCAAUUCAAAACUACAAGUCACCUAGCAAGAAUCCUAAACUAAAGGGUGGUAAUUCUCCUGGAAAAAGGAAGAGGAGCGUUGGCAAUAAGCCUGGCAAGAAAUCAAAAAUUAAUUCAAAGCUGGAAUCUGGCGUGUCGAAGCAAUCCACCAUUACUAAGUUUUUCAAUAAAGUUUUGCCUGAUGCUUCUCAAGUUAGCGUGGUUGCAUCUAUAUCUGAGCAAUGCCCUGGAGAUGAAAAUUUGUUGCAAAAUGAUGAUGUUACAGAGUCAUACAGGGAGGAGGUAGAUCAGUUUAUUCAGAUAAUUGAUGGCAAUGAGUCAACAAGAAGUUAUGCUGCCACCAUCCUCAAGAAGACAGAAGGAGAUAUUAACAAGGCUCUGGACAUGCAUUAUGGUGAUCCCAAGGGUAACCUUGGCAAGAGUAUAGAGGCUUUGGUGGUUUCUGGCAAUAUGGUUGAGCGCCAGUGCGAAACUGGCUCCUCUUCUGCCAGGGAGAAAGAAUUGUUUGGAGAAAUAGAAAAUAUGGUUGAUCUAUCCGUUCAGGGAUCAUUAAUAAAAAACGUGGAUGCAACUCUUCUAUCACUACCAACAGAAAAAUAUAAUCCCAUAGAGCAUGCAUGCUGGAAUGGUGGACAACCUGCACCAUAUAUCCAUCUUGCACGUGCUUUGGACCUGGUCGAGGCAGAAAAAGGAAAGAUCAAAGCUACUUCGUUAUUGUGCAAUAUGUUUAGAAGUUUGCUGGCAUUGUCUCCUGAGGAUGUGCUGCCUGCUGCCUAUCUGUGCACAAAUAAGAUUGCUGCUGACCAUGAAAAUGUGGAACUAAACAUAGGUGGAACCUUGGUUACAUCAGCUUUGGAAGAGGCAUGUGGAACAAACCGGUCUAAAAUAAGGGAAAUGUACAAUAGUAUGGGGGAUCUUGGUGACGUUGCUCAAGAAUGCCGACAAACACAGACAUUACUUGCUCCUCCCCCUCCCCUUCUUAUUAAAGAUGUAUUUUCUGCACUGCAGAAGAUAAGUGUACAAACAGGUAGUGGAAGUACUGGUCGAAAGAAGAGCCUCAUUGUGAAUCUUAUGCGAUCUUGUAGGGAGAAGGAGAUGAAGUUUAUUGUCAGAACUUUGGUAAGGAAUUUACGGAUUGGGGCAAUGAUGAGAACUAUCCUACCUGCUUUAGCUCAAGCUGUUGCUUUGAAUUCCUUUUCUUCUGAUGAAUGUAAAGCUGAGAAUGUGAAGGAGAAACUUCAGUACAUUUCCACAGCAGUGGUUGAAGCUUAUAACAUCCUUCCUACUCUGGAUUUGGUUGUUCCUUCACUCAUAAAUGAAGGCGUUGGAUUUUCAUCGUCAACUUUAUCAAUGGUUGCUGGGAUACCUCUUAAACCAAUGCUUGCAAAAAUUACAAAUGGAGUUGCUCAAGUACUAAAGCUCUUUGAAAAUAAAGCUUUUACAUGUGAAUACAAAUACGAUGGUCAGCGUGCCCAAAUUCACAAAAUGUCAAAUGGCACUGUACGUAUCUAUUCACGAAAUGGGGAUGAAACAACUUCUAGGUUUCCUGAUUUGAUCAAGAUAAUUGAGGAAUCUUGUAAACCUGCUGCAGUGACUUUAAUAGUGGAUGCAGAGGUAGUUGCAGUUGAUAGAAAGAAUGGCUGCAAGCUCAUGUCCUUUCAAGAGCUAUCUUCAAGGGAGAGAGGGAGCAAAGAUUCUUCCAUUGCUGUGAAUAAGAUAAAGGUUGAUAUAUGCGUGUUUGUCUUUGAUAUCAUGUUUGCUAAUGGAGAACAGCUGUUGGAGCUGCCUCUCCGCCAAAGGCGACAAUACUUGAAAGACUUGUUUUGUGAUGAGAGAUUAGGUUGUUUUGAAUAUGCAAAGGAGAUGACGGUUGAAGCACAGGAUGCUUGUUUGACCAAUGAUGCAACUUUGACCAAGAUGAAAUCUUUCCUUGAAGAUGCUUUGCGGUCCUCGUGUGAAGGGAUUAUGGUGAAAUCUCUAGAUAUCGAUGCUGGAUACUGUCCAUCAAAACGGACUGACGCAUGGUUAAAGGUCAAGAAGGAUUAUGUUGAAGGACUGAAUGAUUCUCUUGAUUUAGUCCCGAUUGGUGCUUGGCAUGGAAAUGGGAGAAAAGCAGGAUGGUAUAGUCCAUUCCUCAUGGCAUGCUACAACCCUGAGACUGAGGAAUUCCAAAGUGUGUGCCGUGUCAUGUCUGGGUUCUCAGAUGCUUUUUAUAUAGAGAUGAAAGAAUUCUUCUCUGGAGAUAGGAUCUUGGCCAAAAAGCCACCAUACUAUCGAACUGUGGAGGCGCCGGAUAUGUGGUUUUCUCCAGAAGUUGUUUGGGAAAUAAGAGGUGCUGACUUUACAAUUUCACCUGUUCACCAGGCCGCUGUAGGUUUAGUUCAUCAAUCUCGUGGCAUCUCCAUCAGAUUUCCAAGAUUUAUUCACUCCAUAUCGGAUAGAAAUCCAGAGGAAUGUAGCACAGCAGCAGAUAUAGCUGAAAUGUUUAAUUCUCAAACAAGGAAGAUGGACGUGACAGCUGAAAGAUGAUUAUUAUCCCAGCAAUCUCUACAUAAGCCCUUGUUGCCAAAGUUUGUUUUAGGCAAUGUGUUAAUAGGCUAUUCCAAUUUUUUGUUUAUAAGAUGGCCUGUUGCCAUGUUUUGUAACCUCUUUUGGCUGUUGCGUAGCCUUGUGAUGAUGCAAACAUGAUCCUUAGUCAAUUUUUGAAUCAUUAUUGAUUGAGAGCCGGAAGUUAUUUUAAAAGAAUUUUUUA